AGAAGAUCACUCUAACCAAUUUCGAGCUUCAAGUUUUUGGUUAUUUCAAAUUUAAGAAAAGUAAUAAUUUAAAAAUAUUAAAAAUAAUGUUGAAAAUAUUACGAAGUGUUAUCUACUGCCCUCAACCGUUACUUCCAAUACAGCAUAUUCGGUGUGUUCAAACAAAUAGAAAUUUCACAACUAAUAAUGGACCUGUAAAUGAAAAACAAAUAUUAGAAAAGCUUCGACGAAAAUUUCCGAGUGCAACCAGUAUAAAUGUAGAAGACACAUCUGGAGGUUGUGGAGCAAUGUUUAAUGUAUCUGUUGAAACGUCAGAAUUCAAGGGUUUGUCAGUGGCUAAACAACAUAGAAUAGUUUAUGAUGCAUUGAAAGAUGAAAUCAGUAGAAUACAUGGUCUACAUUUGGAAACAAAAACUAAAUAGUUUUUUUUGUGUAUAUAAAUUGUAGAAACGUUUUUAUUUGUAUAUAAAAGUUUAGUUAACA